AUGAAUCAAAUACUUAUUUAGUAAUUUAUCAUCACUCCCAAGUAAGUAAUCAUUCCCUCACUUGAUCACAUCAACUUGAUUGGAGACGCACCAUCAGUAUCAUACACCUCCGCGCACCAUACCUCAAAAUUCAAAUCUUAUUCUCCUCAGAAUAAAUAGGUUUUUCGAGUUGGUUUUAAUUUUAGGGUUUAAGCAUUUGUUUUCUUCGUUCCGCUCAUUUCUCGUCUCUUGUAUUCUGCUGUCACCAUGUGGGCUCUUCGUCGAACUUCGAUUGGUCUCACCCUAAGAAGCCAAGAGCUUUAUAAUGUUGGAACUUUUCGUGUCCAAUUAAUGCCAAAUACUUUGGUGGAAUAUGAAGAUGCAGCUCCUGAUUCUCAUCAAAUGAAGCAUGAUAGAUUUCUGUCCACGGGCCACACAUUUUACCGCACAGGUCAUGCUUCUCCGAAAUUUACAGUAAGUAGGCGUGAACUUUCGUCACAAGCUGAUGCUAGUUGCACGAAAGAUGAUGAUAAUGAUGAAGAGAUGGAGAUGGAAGAUCCGUUGAUUGAACUGGAGGUAGACGGAGAUAGAGAUAGUGUUGAGUCUCAAACAGAUCUGUUUGAAGGUGACAAGGAUGGUGGGAAACAGCAUAAUGAGCUGGAGUUGUCGGAUACUGAAAGUGAUCUAGAUGCGAAAAAUUCAGAGAGUAGAAACAAGAGAUCAGAAUUAUUCAAGGCAGUUGUAAAUGGUCCCGUUGAUUCUGCUCUGAACAAGUGGGUUGAAAAAGGUAAAGAAUUAAGCAGGCAAGAGAUCACAUUGGCCUUGCUUAAUCUUCGAAAGCGGAAAAUGUAUGGAAGGGCCCUGCAGGUAAAUGAAUCAUACUUAUAUUUGCAUCCAAUUUUACAUUUAAAAACAUUACUAGCUAACUCUGCUAGUCUGAACAAUUUGAGGAAAACUGAGGAUAUAUUCAACAAAAUGAGGAAGUUAAAUCUUCCUGUUACACCCUUUGCUUGUAACCAGUUGCUUCUUAUUUAUAAAAGGAUUGACAAGAAGAAAAUAGCUGACGUGUUACUUAUGAUGGAAAAGGAGAAUGUCAUACCUUCUCCUUUUACUUAUAAAAUUUUAAUAGACGUGAAGGGCCUAUCCAAUGACAUUGAUGCAAUGGAUCAAAUAGUUGAGACAAUGAAGGCAGAAGGUGUUAAACUAGACCAUCAAACACAGGCAUCCUUGGCUAGGCAUUAUGCCUCAGCUGGGCUUACAGAAAAAACUGAUGCUAUAUUGAAGGAUAUUGAAGGUGAAAACUUGAAAGAGAAUAUGUGGGUAAUCCCAACUUUGCUCCGCCUUUAUGCAAUUCUGGGAAGGGUCGACGAAGUGGAGAGAAUUUGGAAGGUUUGUGAGUCAAGGCCUCCUCGGAUAGAGGAUUGCCUUGCUGCUGUUGAAGCUUGGGGAAAGUUGAAGAAAAUUGAAGAAGCAGAGGCAGUUUUUGAGAUGAUGUCAAAUAAAUGGAAGCUUUCCGCUAAGAACUACUCAAUACUCCUCAGCAUUUAUACAAGGCUUAAGUUGCUAAACAAGGGCAAGGAUCUUAUUAAGAAAAUGGGAGAUAGUGGAUGCAUAAUAGGUCCAUCGACCUGGGAUGCUCUUGUGUCACUUUAUAUUCAUGCAGGGGAAAUUGAGAAGGCAGACUCUGUUUUGCAGAAGGCAAUGCAGCAGAAUAAGAUGAAGCCAUUAUUUACUACUUAUAUGACUAUUAUGGAGCAGUAUGCAAAGAGGGGUGAUGUCCAUAAUGCAGAGAAGAUUUUCUAUAGAUUGAGACAAUCUGGUUAUGUUUCUAGAAUAUCUCCUUUCCAUGCUCUAACACAGGCUUAUUUAAACGCCAAACUGCCGGCAUAUGGAAUCAGGGACAGGAUGAAAGCUGAUGAUCUAUUUCCCAACAAAGCUUUGGCUGAACAGUUGGCUCUAUUAGAUCCAUUUAGGAAAACUCCAGUUUCAGAUUUGCUUGAUUGAGGAAACUAGUAUAUUCUAUCUUGUGCUUGUACUUGUCAAAUGAAACUAUUAUUUGUUAGUUUUAUGGUAAGAUUGAACUUCCCAAAUUCUAAUAUGUUAUCCUUUACUUAUUACUGCGUACAUAGGUUAUGUGGUUCUAUGGGGUCCAUUUGUUAAGAGUAGAUAUUCUCUCAAAAGAAAUGGGGAGCUUUGUUAUAUAAUCUUCAUUCUAGAAAUGUAUGCUGCUAUACCUCAAA